AUGCCUUCCAAACGCCCCGCACGGCGUCGUACUGCCAAUCGUACUGCUAAUCGUACUGCCAACACCGACACCUCCUCCCCCAGCUCCUCGCACCCCCUUCUCCCCGCCGAAGUCCAAUACCCCAUCUACGACGCCUUUCUCUCCUCCGACCCCUCUCUCACUCUCGCCCGCACGCUCAUCCUCGCCAAGUUGUCGAAAUCCCACUACGAAUCGUUCAUCCCUCGCCUAUACAAACGCAUCGUAGUAUCAGACAAGGCCAUCGAGAGGGGCUUGUACGAGGGUGUGUCUGCGCGGCGGGCUGGGAAAAAGGUCGUGCGAGGGGAAGGCGGGCCUCUGGGCAGCAAGCGGGACCUGCUUGAGAACUGUGAAUCGCUGGUCAUCGCCACCUUGACCGCCAGAGACGCUACCGCCGAAGCCGUAGAGCUAUGGAACGGCGUGAUGACGGCCAAGCGCUACACGGCAGGUGGUCUACCCGACACCCCUGGCAUCUUCAACAACGUCACGCAUAUAGCCUUCGAGGACGACUGUCUGAACCAGUACUGCCUAGACAAGCUUGGUCUGCUGUUUCGUGGGCAGGCUGCUGUGAUAAAUCGACAUCCCUGGCCUCUCAGAAAUUGGUCCCAUGUCUGUUUUCGACUGCCUUAUCCUUCCCUCCCGUUCGAAUACGAAAACUACCUUGAGUCAUUCUACGACCGUGCCUCGUAUUUUGCUCCGGGGGUAAAUGCCACGGUCGGCAAUGUAACACGUUUCCAAAACCAAAAUAUGUCUGCGGACAGCAUUUCGAGCAUCAACUAUGUCAAUGGGGGGAAAACAAAGAUUGUCGACAUGCUGCCUCUAGAGCAUCCAGAGGAUAUGGGUGGUGUGGAAGGGUACGGCCAUCACGUGGAACUGAUACACUUGUACUGCCAAAACUCCUUCUAUGUCUGGGGGAAAUAUAGAAAGAAAUUCCCCGAAAAACUCCCAGCAGCCUUGAUCUUUACCAAUUUCGGCACCACCGUCUCGCGUGACGGCAAUAUCCACUAUAUCCCUCCACAAAAAAAACAGGCUAUUCUUCGGAAAGCUCAAGAUGAUAUCAGAAGGCGUCUACAGCCGGUUGCCGCAUCCGAAAAGUUAGAUACUGGAGUGGUGGAUAAGAUCUUCAUACGAGGUUACGAAGAGUGCGAGUUCUGCGGCGACGUCUGUCCUAAGGAGUACCAUUAUUGGGAUCCGGAAGAGGAGUGGGAGGAGUACUAUACGAGUCAAUGUGAUUGGGAGGCGUAG